AUGGCCGACAUCCUCACCCAGCUCCAGACCUGCCUCGACCAGCUCGCAACCCAAUUCUACGCAACACUCGGCUAUCUCACAACAUACCACGACAAUGCCCCUACAACACCACCUCCAAACGUCCCAGAUGCCGCACCAGCCUUAGCAAAGAUCACCAAGAACUCCUCAUCACCACCAGUCCCAGCAGCUAUCGCAAAUACAGCAGCAGGCGCCGCAGCCGCACAAGGAUCUGGAUCUCCUCCACUUGCACGGCCUCAACAACCCGGUGCUGCGCCUGAAGCACCGAUAGAUGGAGAAGACCCUAAUUUCCCCCCGGCGCCGGAUUCCCCUCGCACAUUUGCGAGUCGGCAGCGGGAACUUGCGCGUGACCUUAUUAUCAAGGAACAGCAGAUCGAAUAUCUGAUCUCUGUGCUUCCUGGAAUCGGUGCUUCGGAAGCUGAGCAAGAGAGCAGAAUCCGGGAACUGGAGGGGGAGCUUCGGGGUGUUGAGACGGAGAGGGCUGCUAAAGUCCGGGAUUUGAAGAAGCUCAGGGCUCGUCUGGAGAGUGUGUUGGAUGCUGUUUCUGUUGGUAUUUACGGAGACAGUCAGUAUCAAAAGUGA